UGCCACAUUAUUCUUGACUUCACAACACGCAUUUCACACAACACCAACCCAAGUCAAAUACUCAUUUACCAAAGAAAAACCAAACCUUAAAUAUUUCUUCAUUUCCUAUCUCACACACAAAAAUAUGAAUAACUUCGAUGACGAUCGAAACCAUGAUGGAUAUAAUAACUUUUAUCCAUUCGGGAAUUCCCAUGGUGAUCAUAACAACGAUUUCAACAAAAAAAUAUUGUUAACCGCCAUAGUUUCUUUAUCACUAGUAUUAAUUUUAGUGUUCGCUCUUCAUCUCUACGCCAAGUUCAUUUUCCGCCGUCAAGCUCGCCGGAGAGCCGCCAUUCACCACCUCAGCGUCACCGUAGCUCAAGCUCACGCUCAACUCGCCGAACAGCAAAACACCGGACUCGACCCUUCACUCAUCAACUCUCUUCCCACUUUCAUCUUCAAAAGAAAACAACACAACCAUGUUUCAAAUUCCAAUGUUGUUGAAUGUUCUGUUUGUUUGAGUGUGUUUGAGGAUGAUGAAAUUUUGAGGUUGCUUCCGAAAUGUAAGCAUAGUUUCCACGUCGGUUGUAUUGAUACGUGGUUAGCUUCCAAGUCCACGUGUCCGGUUUGUCGAACCAAGGUUGAACCGCGGCUUGAACCGCAUCCACGUGAGGGUCCCACUUUGUUUGAAUUUGAACCACUUUCGGAAGGUACGUCGGAUGGUGGUGUUAGUGGGUCUCCCAAAAAUAUUUCACGGUUGAGUUCUUUUCGGAGAAUUCUUACUAGAGAAAGAUCUUCUAGGAGAAUCCAACCUUCUAGUGCUUGUGAUGAUAUUGUUCUUCCUCAUGAUUUAGAGAGACAAUAAUUAUAUAUUUAAAUUGUACUUACAAUUGUCAUUAGAAUUUAACUGCAAAUUUUUAUAUAUAUUGCGAAAAUGUUCGUAAUAUUAUGAUCCCAAUUAUAGAUAUUGCAAUUUAAAAUGAUGGUAGUGGUUAUUAAUUAUUAUUAUUGAUUUGUUAUUAAUGAGACAUCGUAUAUUGUUUUGCCAUAAUUGGUAGUAGAUAAUGCUAGGAGAAAGGGGUCGAAAAAUUGAUGAUGUAAUUUUGAAAUUUUCUGUACAAGUUAGUCAAAAUAUGAGCGGUUUUGGUUUUGGUGUUGAA